GGCCAGGGGGCGUGGCGACGAGCCGGAAGCCACGCAGGGCCACGUCUGCGGUUCUGAGGACUGGCUUUGGGUGCAGACGUCGUUGCUUGGGCGCUUCUCCGCAGCGUGUAGGUGAAGGGGGCUUCCUGACCGAGACAUGGAUUUAGGUGCUAUUACAAAAUACUCAGCAUUACAUGCCAAGCCCAAUGGACUGAUCCUUCAAUACGGGACUGCUGGAUUUCGAACGAAGGCAGAACAUCUUGAUCAUGUCAUGUUUCGCAUGGGAUUAUUAGCUGUCCUGAGGUCAAAACAGACAAAAUCCACUAUAGGAGUCAUGGUAACAGCGUCCCACAAUCCUGAGGAAGACAAUGGUGUAAAAUUGGUUGAUCCUUUGGGUGAAAUGUUGGCACCAUCCUGGGAGGAACAUGCCACCUGUUUAGCAAAUGCUGAGGAACAAGAUAUGCAGAGAGUGCUUAUUGACAUCAGCGAGAAAGAAGCUGUGAAUCUGCAACAAGAUGCCUUUGUAGUUAUUGGUAGAGAUACCAGGCCCAGCAGUGAGAAACUUUCACAAUCUGUAAUAGAUGGUGUGACUGUUCUAGGAGGUCAAUUCCAUGAUUAUGGCUUGUUAACAACACCCCAGCUGCACUACAUGGUGUAUUGUCGAAACACGGGUGGCCGAUAUGGAAAGGCAACUAUAGAAGGUUACUACCAGAAACUCUCUAAGGCUUUUGUGGAACUCACCAAACAGGCUUCCUGCAGUGGAGAUGAAUACAGAUCACUUAAGGUUGACUGUGCAAAUGGCAUAGGGGCCCUGAAGCUAAGGGAAAUGGAACACUACUUCUCACAGGGCCUGUCAGUUCAGCUGUUUAAUGAUGGGUCCAAGGGCAAACUCAAUCAUUUAUGUGGAGCUGACUUUGUGAAAAGUCAUCAGAAACCUCCACAGGGAAUGGAAAUUAAGUCCAAUGAAAGAUGCUGUUCUUUUGAUGGAGAUGCAGACAGAAUUGUUUAUUACUACCAUGAUGCAGAUGGCCACUUUCAUCUCAUAGAUGGAGACAAGAUAGCAACGUUAAUUAGCAGUUUCCUUAAAGAGCUCCUGGUGGAGAUUGGAGAAAGUUUGAAUAUUGGUGUUGUACAAACUGCAUAUGCAAAUGGAAGUUCAACACGGUAUCUUGAAGAAGUUAUGAAGGUACCUGUCUAUUGCACUAAGACUGGUGUAAAACAUUUGCACCACAAGGCUCAAGAGUUUGACAUUGGAGUUUAUUUUGAAGCAAAUGGGCAUGGCACUGCACUGUUUAGUACAGCUGUUGAAAUGAAGAUAAAACAAUCAGCAGAACAACUGGAAGAUAAGAAAAGAAAAGCUGCUAAGAUGCUUGAAAACAUUAUUGACUUGUUUAACCAGGCAGCUGGUGAUGCUAUUUCUGACAUGCUGGUGAUUGAGGCAAUCUUGGCUCUGAAGGGCUUGACUGUACAACAGUGGGAUGCUCUCUAUACAGAUCUUCCAAACAGACAACUUAAAGUUCAGGUUGCAGACAGGAGAGUUAUUAGCACUACCAAUGCUGAAAGACAAGCAGUUACACCCCCAGGAUUACAGGAGGCAAUCAAUGACCUGGUGAAGAAGUACAAGCUUUCUCGAGCUUUUGUCCGGCCCUCUGGUACAGAAGAUGUCGUCCGAGUAUAUGCAGAAGCAGACUCACAAGAAAGUGCAGAUCACCUUGCACAUGAAGUGAGCUUGGCAGUAUUUCAGCUGGCUGGAGGAAUUGGAGAAAGACCCCAACCAGGUUUCUGAAGAUAAUUUUCAUAUUCCUGAGAAACUGGACUUUUUACAAGUCUUUACAAAACUGUCAAUAAUAAUGGCAGUACUAAAAGAUUUAUAAUCAUAAUGUUUACAAUGCAGCCUACUGGAUUGUCUCUAGAUCUGUUUUUCUUAAACACUAACAGAAUAAUUCUUUAUAAAUAGGUAAGCCUUACACUUGUUAAAGAAAUUUACCUCUAAUUUCAGUCUCACUAAUGUAAAAUACUGGGACUUAAGUAUACAAUUCAAUCACUAACUGUACAGUUUUAUGUGGGGAACAAUUCAUGCAGGCUACUGGAAAAUUAAAUCUUAUUACCAACUCCUUGUGAUAUCUUUGCCAUCACCAUCACAUGAGCAAGAUGAUGUUUUGCAGCAUUCCCCAUUGCUGAUACAAAUGGAGAGGGCAGAGAAGACUUUAUACAACCAGUUUUUCCAUUGCAGAGUCUUAAGAAAGAUUAUUAGAUGACUUACCUAUAUGACUAAUGCCAUCAGGAACUCAGAGGUAUGAAUAGGGGGUUGUCCAUCCCUCUUCCAUACUGAGGUGGAGAUGCUCAUGCAAUACUUUUAAGGAUGCAUGGUCCAGCCUUCAGUUAUUCUUCACUGCUCUUGGUGAAGGUAUGUGGGAGAAAAACUAAUUAUAAUACGUUUCCCAGCCUCUGAUGGAGAAGGAACACCACUCUGAUACCAGAACAUGGUUAAUAAGGAAAAGAGAAAAAUCCCCAACCAAUCUUAAUUGAACCAAGCCUGAAACCAAUGGAAAAAAAAAUGGGUAGUGUAUAUUUUGCAGGUUUAAGACAACUCAGGACAAUAAAAACAAUGGACUUUACAUGUGUAUAUAUAUAGCUCUCUUAGGCACCAUAAUCAGUAUGAGCCAACAAUAUUUAAACUUGAUUCAGGCCACAUUCAGACAUUUGCUCUUAUAUACAAAUAUUUAAAUUAAAUACAACCUGAAAUGUGUUCUGUUACAUACAAAAAAGGAAAAACUAUACAACGCAGAGCAGUGUGUGUGUUUUAAAUAAUUAUAUUUACAUGUAAGCUAAAUGGAACCAGCAGUGGUGCUCAAGUUUUUAUCAUCCCUUCCAGAAAAUCUUUUUCUACCAUCUCUUCUAUUUUUUGCCUGGCUUUGCUGGAACAUGGUUUGUGGUUCUCCAGUUUCAUGUCCUUAUUAGGGAAGGCAUUUGAGUAGAGGAUAGGACUCCCUGAGUGUCCUCCACAUCGGCUUGUGACUUUGCUGUUGAAGACUUGACUGAGCACAUUGAAGAACGGCAGGAGCUGCUCCAUACUGCGCACGGUGCAGAUGGUGAGCAGCAAGUGCCCUGGCUCCCAACCCAAUGUUCUCCCUGAGUUGUCUUCCUCUGGAUUUUUCUGCAGAAAACAAAAAGUGAACUGGUAUUAAUACAACAGACAAUGUGGUAUGUUAGAAAAAUUAAAAAUAUAUAAACUUUGGCAAUUGGUCAAGAAAUGAAUACAAAUGACAUUAAGUUUCUAACUCCUGACCUGAUCAAAACCCUUGGUGCUUCUGAGACCUUUUACUGCCAUUUAUUAGUUUUAUAUGGAGCAGUCUAACAUUGUAGUAAUAGUUCCCAACUAGAAUGCGCAGAUAAGCUUAGUUAACAGAAAUAGCUUUGAACAGGAAUAGAGUCAAACAUAAAAGUUUUAUGUUGUGCUUUGUAUUUACUCAAAAAGCUCCCAGGUUUCUGAACCCUCACUACUGUAACCAAGGACUAGGUCACAAAAUUACUACAGAAAAAAGGAACAAAGUGCUUUAUACAUUUCAUAAUAUAUCCCCUUUUAUUAUAAUUAGUUAAUUCCCUUUUAUCUAAAUGGCCUAAAUUUGCCAUGAUGGUAGCAGUGUCCAAAGUGAAUAAUUACUGUCAGUACUGCAUCACAGAGAAAGGAAGGGAUCCCUCAGGAGAGACACUGCUGUCUCCUUCUGGGUUGUGCUAAACAACAUAGGGAGGAAAGCUGGACCUGGAGUCAAAGGAAUUGAGUUAGUGUGCUGGCUCUGCCAUACUUACGGCACCCUUGGGCAAGAUAUACAAAGGUUCCUCACUUAUAAAAUGGGACAGUCUAAAACUACCUUUUAGUAGAGAAGUCAAAUGAGAAGGUAUGUGAAAACUCUGUCAACUAAAUAUAAAGACUAAUAAUUUGGGUAUUAAGAGGCUAGUUUGAGAAGCCACCUGAAUUACACAAACACAGCUACAGACAUCAUUCUGUCUAGAGAAAGAUAAGAGAGAACAGGUUAGUUGAACUUGGGUAGAAUCACAGAUACAAUUCCACACUAAAGAAUGAAAAUAAGCAAUGAACUAGACGGAAGAAAUCAUGAAGACUUAGGAAGCAGAACUACAAUCUGUCAUAUUAACAAAUGGAGUUUGCCUUCUAAGAUCAGAUGUUUUUCAGAAACUUUCAUUGUUUACCUAAUAAUUUAAUAUCACUAGUUUCCUAGUGGGUCAAGCAGAUGCAAAAUCCAGCUUAUUUUCUUCUAUGUGCUCUCAAGCUUAUUGCUUAUUUUAAAGUAAAAUCCUGAAAAAGGAAAAUAUUAGGUUGGUGCAAAUGUAAUUGCGGUUUUUGCAUUGUUGAAAUUUGCCAUUUUAUAUUGGAGUACAUUCUUAAAUAAAUGUGGUUAUGUUAUACAUCAUUUUAAGCACAUUUCUCACUUUUGUUUUGCUAGUGACUUACUGCUGUUUAUAUUUAUUUUAGACUAUGGAAAUGAUGUUAGACAAAAAUCAAAUUUAGCAAUUUUCUGAGUUCAAAAUAGGUUAUAAAGCAGCAGAGAUAACACACAACAUCAACAAUGCAUUUGGCCCAGGAACUGCUAAUGAACAUACAGUGCCGUGAUGGCUCAAGAAGUUUUGCAAAGGAGACUAGAGCCUUGAAGAUGAGGAGUGCAGUGGCCAGUCAUCGGAAAUUGAUAAUGACCAAUUGAGAACAUCAUCGAAGCUGAUCCUCUUACAACUAUAAGAGAGCUGCCCAAGAACUCAAUGUUGACCAUUUUAUGGUCGUUCGGCAUUUGAAGCAAAUUGAAAAGGUGAAAAAGCUCAAUAAAUGGGUGCCUCAUGAGCUGAGUGAAAAAUAAAAAAAAUUGUUGUUUUGAAGUGUCAUUUUCUCUAUUCUAUGCAACAAUAAUGAAUCAUUUCUCUAUCGGAUUGUGACGUGUGCCAAAAGGUGGAUUUUAUACAACUGGCGAUGACCAGCUCAGUGGCUGGACUGAAAGAAGCUCCAAAGCACUUCCCAAAGCCAAACUUGCUCCAAAAAAUGGUCAUGGUCAUUGUUUGGUGGUUUGCUGCCAGUCUGAUCCACUACAGCUUUCUGAAUCCAGGUGAAACCAUUACAUCUGAUAUGUAUGCUCAGCAAAUCAAUGAGAUGCACCAAAAACUGCAAUGCCUGCAGCCGGCAUUGGCCACCAGAAAGGGCCCAAUUCUUUUCACGACAACACUGGGCCGCACGUUGCACAACCAACGCUUCGAAAAUUGAACUAAUUGGGCUAUGAAGUUUUGCCUCAUCUGCCAUAUUCACCUGACCUCCUGCCAACAAACUACCACUUCUUUAGGCAUCUCAGCAACGUUUUGCAGGGAAAUUGCUUCCACAACUAGCAGGAUGCAGAAAAUGCUUUCCAAGAGUUCGUCAAAUUUGGAAGCAUGGAUUUUUAUGCUACAGGAGUAAACAAACUUAUUUCUCAUUGGCAAAAAUGUGUUGAUUGUAAUGGUUCCUAUUUUAAUUAAUAAAGAUUUGUGUGAACCUA